AUGGAAUUCACCUCUUCUUCUUUGCAAAUCACUCCCAUUGAAGAUCCAUCCAUACCACAAGAGUUUUAUUUCGGUGAUUGCUUCUCCAUCAUCUUCAACUGCACCAAAAAAGUGAUCCAAAUUAUUGAACGCUCAAACCCAACUCCUGAGGUUCACUUUUCUUCUACUACAACUACAGCCACUGAAGCAAUCCUGGUUCCUUCAGACAUCCUAUGUAGUUGUACUCCACUCACAAACCUUAGCAGAGAAGACACAAUCUUGUUACAUGAAAUCUUUUCUUCACUACCUGUGCCGCCUGAGGUAUUGGACCAAAUUUUACCUGACAUAGGCGAAACUGCAAGAAGGAUUUUAAGCGGUGAAAGGUGUGACUCCAACAGGCGGGAGAUGAUUGUGAACCUUCAUGUUACCUCCUACAUUGUUGUUCAAGAUUCUGAUAUCUAUAGUGAUGAUCUCUGUCAAAACUUUUUUGAACGAGUACAAUUCGUGAAUCCGUUGGAGGGAUCGAAAACUGAUGAACAAGAUGAUGAUGCUGAAUGCGCGAUUUGUUUGGAGAAGUUUGACUAUGGUAAUGAAGAUUCAAGCGUAGAAAUUGUUCGUACAAAUUGCUGGCAUGUUUUUCAUGAUCGCUGUUUGCUCCGCUGGCUCCGACGCUGUGCCAACUGUCAGUCACCGUAUUCUUGCCCAUUGUGCCGCAGCAUCAUAUUUCCAACUUCAGAGAUAAAUGAUGAAUAG